GUGGUGAAUUAAGGGGGCACUUAUAUUUAGGAAAGCAUAACUCGUCUCUUUUCACUGUAGAUUGUAUAAACAAGUAUUGAUCUUUUAGGGUUUUUUUUUAAUUUAUUGAAGUUUUUAAAACGAUAUUGUGAAGUGCUUUGUGUAAUAAGUGUUUGUGAAUAGACAAGUCAUGUUCCGUGUACUGCAAAGCAGCUAGCGAGACCAAGAGAUGCCAAGGCCGAGCUACUGAAAUUACAUUCAAUUAGCGGAUCGAAAGUAGCAAAAUGACUGACCUCCAGCGUACGACUUCAACGACUAUCUCCAGCGGCAACGACUGGGACAGUCUGGAACAGAACAACAACAACAAUAAUGAGGAUGUGAUAGCUGGCUGCCACGAAGAAGAAGCGCGAGAAGAAGUAGAAGGUGCCGUAGGCGGGACAGUCUUCCAGGGACUCGACCCAAACCUACCCAUACCGACGGAACAGGACUGGACGGACGAAGAGCUGGACCGAGAUCCGCACCGGAUGUUCUUCUACGACGCGUACCGAUCGAUCCCAUCGACCCCGGAGCUGGACGAAUCGGGCGGUAGUCUGGAUCAGAUCCCGAUGGAGCAGAGGCCACUGGCACUGAUGGACGAUUUGGAGCUGUGGGAUCACAUGGACGAUGACCAACUGAAGAAGCACCUUCAGCACCAUCCGGUGUUGUUGGAGAAAAUUACUCGGAACCGGAAGCGACGAGCCGCGGCCCUGGAGGACACCACGGACGAGGAUGCCGAUUUGUGUGCGGUCAUGGAACGGCAUGCCAAAGUGACCAAAUUUAACGAGCAUACGACUGUGUGUUAGGACAAUUGUGUGAAUCUGGGAGUGGGAAUGGACAGUGUUUUAUUAUUUUUAUGAAAUCCUAGCUUAUAUUUAAUACCGAUAACAAAUUCGAAAUUGUAAAUGCUUACAGAUUUUGUGUAUAGAACCUAGCGUAUUUAAAAUUUGUGCAUCGCAUGUCUAGAUAUCUGUAAAUAUAUUUUGUUUUACUAAUUCCAAAAA